CUCUCCUGAGGGGCGGACGGUGAGGCGGACGGCCGGCCGACCGGCCGCCAUAGCUGUCCCUCCCCAUCCCCUUCCCCUUCCUCAGCCCCGGGCCCGGUCCCUCGCGUCUCCCGGUGCCUCGGACGGACGCAGACCUUCCCCAGCCCCGAUAUGGCUCGUGGACAGCAGAAGAUUCAGUCUCAGCAGAAAAAUGCCAAAAAGCAAGCUGGACAAAAGAAGAAACAAGGACACGAUCAGAAGGCUGCUGCCAAGGCUGCUUUAAUAUACACCUGCACUGUCUGUAGGACACAAAUGCCGGACCCCAAGACCUUCAAACAGCACUUUGAGAGCAAACAUCCUAAGACUCCACUUCCUCCAGAACUGGCAGAUGUGCAGGCAUAAAGUUGUUUACAGGUCAUUGAAUUUUUUUUGUUAGAUAAUGUCGGGGUUAUACACAAGGCCGUAACUCCUGUAAUUGUAACAAGAAGCUCUCCCUUCUGGCUGAGACUCAGCAAAUAUUCCCUUUCCAGAAGUUAAUGUUUAACUUCAUAAUUGUCCUAAAAGCCCAUUUUUGCAGACCACUCACACCAUCUCUUCAAAACAUCAGAAGUAUUUUAAAGUUGUACUGCUGCAGCAAAAAAAAAAAAAGAGAGAGAGAGAAUGAAUCUGGCCAGUCUUGGUCCUGGAGAGGAAAAUAUUUGUCACUUGGAAGAAUAGUUAAUACAGCUGUAUUCGAGACUUGCUCCCAGAACUGAUUCAGACUAGUAUAGUAUGAGUAUUCCACUUAAAUGCCAAGUGAAAAUUUGGUGCCCUCAUGGCAAAAUUCAGGCAUGUACAGGAUAAUUCUGGUAACUGCCGGAAACGAAUCACACUUUUGCUUAGGCGUUUUGAAUGGUCCAUUAUCAAACUGGUCAGACCCAUUAUCGUAUAGUAAAAUUAGCUGAAGAUGAAUCGAAUGGGAGACUACUUGGUAUAAAACCUGAAAAUGUCAGUGCCUGGUUUGCUUGGUUUUUGCAAAUCAAGGCUGUAAAUAGGAGAAGUAUUGUGCCAUAGUUAAAUUCAUUGAAAGUUAUUCUUAUGUCUUGUAGGUGAAUUCAUGGCACCUAUUGACUCUUCUACUGUCUCAAACCUUAGGUAAUAAACCUGCAGCUGCUUUUCUAACAAACUGUUAAUCGGCAAAAAUAAAGGGGCUACAGAAACACUCAUAUUUUUAUGCUGUUCCCUUUUGGGCUUCAUGCAAAGACAAUUCUGUGUAAAUGUACAGUUGGGUCCUGAUUUGGAAAUCCUGAAAAUCAGUCCAUUCUUGUUAUAAGAAAAAAAAUUUUUUUACACUUGUAAUUAUAUUGAUGUUCAUAUUGUGUAAAAUAACUCAUUUAAUAAAAGUAGUACUUUGAUUUUACAACCUCACAGGACAAAUUAUUGUAGCAGUUCUGUUCCAGUUUUCCAUGUUACCUGCCUUAUAAAAGUCUAUUGAAGACACCAGCUUGAAUUGGAAAUGUUUCAUUCCCAUCUUGACACCAAGUUUGGUGUGUUUUAAUCUGGAGCAGACUCUUGUAGUAAAUCUCCUACCAUCAAUUGGCAGUAGUGAUCAGAUGAGGUUUAGAUUUUGAACUGCUGCUUUGGGGGGAUGUUUAAUGAUUACUUAAUUUCUGGACUCAACUCAAGUAAUUAAACUUCUUAAAAUCCUCGUUAAGGAUCAUGUGCCAUUUCCCCCCUCUGUUUCUCAUUCCCUGUUUCCGGUGUUGUACAGUUUGGAAUGGGGUAUUUUUUUUUCCGGAAAGGGAAUUACUCUGGGCUCAGCCAGUUAAUCCUCAUCCAUAAACUGUGGAUGUGAGGUGUUGAUAUGUACACCCUUAGAAUUUUGGAAAGAUGACUGAAAAGGCUGAGUUGAUACAGAUUCCUCCUUGAAGCAAGGUUGUCUUGAACAGGCAGUAUCACUGACCAUUUUCUGUAAGAUGUACUUAGGCUAUAAAUGUAAAAACAGAAACUCUGAAUUGUAAUAGGUCAUCUGUUUCUAGUUUUUUGAAUGGACAGUGGUUUUUUUUAAUGUUAAUUUGAAAAUAGAAAUUAAACCACCAGUUAGUUUAAAAAUAUUAUUUUCAAAAAUGCUCAAUUGCCAAAAGACAAAUCAGGAGUGUCUUGCCCUGAUCAUUGACUAGAUAUCUGUAUUAGCAGCAAGAGUAUAAUUAUUUCUUUUGUAACUGAGCUAAGUGCCCUUUUGGAAGUCAUUUUAAUAUUUUUUUUUGAGGCGUGCAUUUUAGGAUAGUUCCUAAACCCCAAGGUCAUGUGUCCCAUAAAUGAUUUUGGGGAUGUCAUGGGAGGAUGUUGGCAAAACACUGAAAAAUUAAGAGCAGCAUAUAUGUAGGACAUGGCUGGUUUUACUCUGUAGAAGUACACAUUCAUGUUGGAAAUAAUGCUAAAUGAGGGCGUUCAGGUGGUUGUGGAGAUUCUGCAAAGGCAGAGAAACUGGAUUUAGUCAUUUGCUUGCUCUAAUCAAAUGUUCCAAAUUCAUACUGAGAAUCCGUUAAUUCAAGUGGUUUAAGUUUUUAAAGGGCUGUAUUACUAGGAAUGAACACCACUCAGAUUCACUGGUAAAAUACCUCUAAAAAUGGCAUGUUGGACUGGUACUCCAGAGUGCUCAUCUGUAUCCAUGACCUAUGUUUAGCCCUACUUUUGAUCCACUGACACCAAAUGCUGCCCCUUUUAACACCCGUCACCACAGUUCUGUCUUGCAUCUAGGUGGGUGCGCAUUCUACCCUCCCCUGUAUAUCUCUACUCAUAAAAAUAAGUCUUCUUAUAAACCUUAGGGAAAAAUUACAGGGUGGGGCUGGGUCUAUAAAGAGUUUGCUGAGCAUUUGACUAGAAUGUUUUCAUGAUUUAACGCUCUCUUCCACUUCCCAAAUGUUGAUCACCAGAAGCCUAGAAUUCUUGCCUUCAGUUAUGUGCUGAAAAUGGGAAAAUUGUUAGUGUUGCUAUAGGUACACUGCUUUAUGCUAUCUUGCUUUCUCGGUAGUAAUGUCAUUUUAUUCAAAAUGAUUCUGACACACCUUUAAAUUUCAAUUUAAGAUUUGAUUUUGUUUAGUAACUGAAUAAAAGACGUCUGUGUUCAGCUCAUUCUUGUGAGCUGUAUCAGAGAUAGGAAAAAUAGCUGCAGUUGCAUAAUAACUUUUGUUGACUUCCAGUAUGUGAAUUGUUAGUAUUAUUAACUGAUACUUUUUUGUUAUUAAGCCUUCUUCAAGGGAAAUCUUCAGUUUUUACACACAGAACCCUGUUUAAAUAUUUUUGUAAUUUGAAGUGUCCUAUUCCAGAUUAAGUCAAAGCCCACCACAAAAUUGUAACGGUGUCUUCAAGGGCUUCAUUAAAGUACACUGAGGAGGGGAUUUAUUCUUUUUGCAUUUGUAAAUCUUCCCGUCUAUUGCUCUAGGAAGUGGGCUAAGCUUGUUACCACUCAUUCCACUCAUUCACGUGGCUCUACCCCUGUCAGCUGACACACUGGAGACUCAGAUGUGUACUGUAAUGUAUUAUUAAAGAAAACAUUAAAAGAAACUAAACUAUU